CUUAUCUAAAACCAGCGAAGUCCCCCAAGAUAUCGGACGGCUCAUCCGCCCCACAGUCACCGCCGCUGCACUUCCACCUCCGUGCGCCAGUGCGUCUUUCACAAAGCGAAACCAUGGAAAGCAUCGGGGUACUGUUGACUUGCCCAAUGAACCCAUACCUGGAACAGGAACUGGACAAGCGCUUCAAGCUCUUCCGCUUCUGGGACUUUCCAAGCGCCAACGAUCUUUUCAGGGAGCAUUCAAAUUCGAUCCGAGCAGUGGUUGGAAACUCCUUCAUCGGCGCCGACGCCCAGAUGAUCGAGGCGUUGCCCAAGAUGGAGAUUGUGUCGAGUUUCAGCGUUGGGUUGGACAAGAUCGAUUUGGUGAGGUGCAAGGAGAAGGGAAUUAGGGUUACGAACACUCCGGAUGUGCUGACGGAGGACGUGGCGGACUUGGCACUUGCUUUGAUUUUGGCGACUCUGAGACGUAUCUGUGAAAGUGAUCGUUAUGUGAGGAGCGGGUCGUGGAAGAAAGGGGAUUUCAAGUUGACUACCAAGUUCACUGGAAAAUCAGUUGGCAUUAUAGGGUUGGGUAGGAUUGGCUCAGCAAUUGCCAAGAGAGCCGAGGGAUUUAGCUGUCCAAUUAGUUACCAUUCCAGAACAGAGAAACCAGGGACAAACUACAAGUACUAUCCUAGUGUCGUUGAAUUGGCCUCCAACUGUCAAAUCCUGGUUGUUGCUUGCGCGUUAACACCAGAAACCCGCCACAUCAUCAACCGUGAAGUCAUCAAUGCACUGGGUCCAAAGGGUGUGGUCAUCAACAUCGGAAGGGGAUUACAUGUGGAUGAACCUGAGCUUGUAUCCGCACUGGUUGAAGGCCGGUUGGGAGGUGCUGGACUCGAUGUGUUUGAAAAUGAGCCUAAUGUACCUGAAGAGUUGUUAGCAAUGGACAAUGUAGUCCUUUUGCCUCAUGUAGGAAGCGGAACGGUGGAAACCCGGAAAGACAUGGCUGACCUGGUACUUGGAAACUUAGAGGCUCACUUUCUGAACAAACCACUGUUAACUCCAGUGGUUUAAUUGUCAUGAGAAGGUAUGUAGCUCAUCAUUCAUUGAAGUCUUUUCUUAAUGUUGCUCAAUGAACCACUCGAUGUUUUCUCUGCAUUGUUUCCUCAACAACUUGGUAUUUAUGUUAUGAUGAAUGGAAGACCUUAAUGACUACUAAAUUGUCUGUUAAUGUUUCAUAUUCUUGGUGUUAGCUUCA